UCUCUCUCUUGGAUUUUGACUAAUAUUUGGAUAUAUCUUAACUUUUACUAAAGCUAAUAGUCUGAUUGUUCCAAAAGAAUAAGAAAAAUGGAGGAGAUCAACGCAAAUGAAACAAAGUAUGACAGAAAGGCCGAACUACAAGCCUUUGAUGAGACGAAAGCCGGUGUUAAGGGACUAGUGGAUGCAGGUAUCACCAAAGUACCAAGAAUUUUUGUUCAACCAUCACAGAUUGAAGAUUCAAGAAUUCACAGCAACAGAAAAUUCAAGUUUCCAAUAAUUGAUCUUGAUGGCAUCGAGGAAGAUCCGAUCAAGCGAAAGAAGGUAGUCCAGGAAGUCAGUCAAGCAUCCGAGACUUGGGGAUUCUUUCAAGUGAUCAAUCAUGGGAUUCCUACUCAUGUUCUGGAGGAAAUGAAAGACGGGGUUAUCAGGUUCUUUGAGCAAGAUACUGAGGUGAAGAAGCAGUGGUAUACGCGAGACUUGACAAAAGUGUUCACAUUUAACAGCAAUUUUGAUCUGUUUGGAGCACCAGUAACCAACUGGAGGGACACCUUUACUGCCACCACAGCUCCUAUACCUCAAAAUCCUGAAGAAUUACCUUCUGUCUGCAGAGAUGUUCUCCUUGAGUACACAAACCAAGUGAUGAAAUUAGGUGACACUUUAUUUGAACUACUGUCUGAGGCUAUUGGCCUCGAACCAAACCACUUAAAGGAUAUGGGUUGUGCGGAGGGGCUUAUGGCAUUAGGCCAUUAUUAUCCAGCAUGCCCACAACCCGAACUUACUCUAGGCACCGGUAAGCAUGCUGACAAUGACUUCCUCACCGUGCUUCUCCAAGACAACAUAGGUGGUCUCCAAGUCCUACAUCAGAACCAUUGGGUAGAUGUUCCCCCUACUCCCGGAGCUCUCGUGGUCAAUAUAGGAGAUAUUCUACAGCUUAUAUCAAAUGACAAGUUCAAAAGUGUUGAUCAUAGAGUACUGGCAAAUAAGGUUGGUCCAAGGGUAUCAUUGGCAUGCUUCUUCAUGACAAAUUUUGUGCCAACACAAAGGUUGUAUGGACCUAUCAAGGAGCUGAUAUCGGAACACAAUCCUCCAAAGUACAGGGAAACGACGAUUAAGGAGUUCACAACUUAUUUCAAUAACAAAGGGCUGGAUGGCACUUCCACUCUGUUGCAUUUUAGACUUUAGACUAAAUAGUUCAAGCAAUUACUGGCGCAAGUAUAAUAGGUAAGGUGUGUGUUGGAGUAGUUGUGGAUAUGAUAGAUAUUUUAUCAAAUAAGGUUUGUACAACUAUAUAUGUCAAACUAUCUAUGCUCAUUAUGUAACCAUCAAUAAAUUCUACUCAGAUUAAGUGAUUUUCAUGAUAAUAA